GUUUCAGGCAGUGCGUGAAGGCAACAUCCCUCCUAGUCUCGGUUCCACGGCGUCACAGACUCGAUGUGUCAUUUCGACGGAUAAAUUACCGCUCGACAAAGCCGUCCUGUCUCCUGCGCUGUUCCCGAGGCUGGAUAAUGUCUGACAGCGACCGUUAGUCCGACCAUUCUUGUUUGUUUACACCGAUGAAAACACCUCCUCUUUAAAAUCUCAUCGCUUGGUUUGAACUGGGAAGAGGAUGAUCUUUCCAACGGGCAACAUGUCCCUCAUCGCGCUGACUUUGGCGCUGCUCACCAUCGUCCUCUGCACUUCUCAGGUCAGUGGGAACGAGGACUGUCUGUGGUACGUGGAUAAAAACGGCACUUGGCACAACGGCUUCGACUGCCCUCUCAUCACGUUCUGCUGUGGGAACUGCAACCGGCGCUACUGCUGCCUGGACGCCUUCAAGAUGAUGACAGAGAGGGAGCAGAAACGCUGCAUGCUCUUCCAGUUCAGCCCCACCACUUUAGCUGGCAUUGCCUCCUCCAUCCUCCUGUUUGUGGCGAUCAUUGCGACCAUGGUCUGCUGCUUCAUGUGCUCCUGCUGUUACCUCUACCAGAGAAGGCAGCAGAGGGGCAGGACACCUUAUGAUGCCCAGCAGAUCCCCAUGGCCAGCUACCCAGUGGAGCCCAUGUAUGACGCUUAUGGGAAACCACUGGGACCCUCUGAGUAUCUACAUGCAGGUUAUCCAAUGGCGCCCCAGUACCCUGGCAUGCCCCCACAGUACCCGGUGAUGCAGCCUGGACCUUAUCCACCCCACCUGAUGGAUCCUGCUUACAGCCAGGCUCCUCCACCUUACUCUCCACCUCAGUAUCCUGGUCAUUGAUGGGCUCGUCUACACACACACACACACACACACACACACACACACACACACACACAGUGGGAAAUAACAGCAACUGAGAGAAAGGACUGUUUCAAAAGGAGAAGGCAGCAACACUCUCACACACUCAAACACCCACUCACUCAAAUAUGCGCUACAGCUUGACUAGCAGUGGUUUGCCUGUGAAAGAGAACAGGAGGCACUUUAAGGUUUUUUGUUUGUUUGUUUGUUUAUUUACAACGUUGUCCUAAUUUUCUGGAGUAUUUACGUAAGUCAAAUUCUGUUCUGCAACCUGACGCCUGAUUGCUCCUGGCGGGUUUCACAGAGGGCGUCACACCAUCCCCAAAGUGAGGGGGUAUCCGGCCGGCGUCUCGACUCUGUGCUGCCACUUCUGCUCUGACACACUCGCCUCAAUGACGGGGUGUCACCUGAAAGACAGGGCUCAUUACCUUACAGAAGAGGGGUCAGGAGGGAUUUACAAAAAUGAUAAUGCACUCCCUCUUUAUUUAUUGAAGGGAAAAAUGCGUAUCUUCCUCAGUUUUGUUAAAUUUGAAUAAAUUGAUAACUGCCUAAGGCUACAUUCCAGGUCAUCGCAGUCAUCUGUCCGCAUUCUCCAAAUAUGAUUUACAUGAUGUAUUUGAUGGGGGGGGUUUGUAGCGUGUUAGAGGCUAAAGUGAAAAACAAAUCAUGCUUGAUUAAAAAGGUGACAUGUAUGGCUCAAAGGCAGUGUGAUACUGUCUUAAAUUUGCUCAGAUGGCAUAAUGGAUUUUAUGGUACUCCUAAUUCUAUGUAAGAAGCCUUUAGUCACCUGUUAGGUUCAACUUUGUCUCUUCUUUUUUGUAUCCGACUUGACUAAUUUCUUUCAUGGUAGUAUAUUAGUUGCACCAUAAUAAUGUAACAUCUCGACAUCAGCAUGCUACCCCAGUCAAAGUUACGUCCUCUCAUGCUUCUUUUCUGGUUUUAAAUGAAUUAGAAAUGAGUCUUUAGAUGAAUCCCAUAAUGCCAGGUAGGACUUUUUCUACAGUGAAAUUCAUGUUCAGUGUUUAUUUCUUGUAACUUAUCAGGUCAGGGGAGUUGCAGGUCAUGCUGAUUGAUUAAAACAAAAUGUCCCGCCUUACAAUAAUUAACCAUGGAGAAAAAAAGAGUAACUAUUUAAAUACAUAUUUUGUAAAUCUGUUCUUCAGCUGAAUAUUUUAUGAUAUUGUAACAAGUUAUUUUGAACAUAAUGUAUUGUUAUUGUAACAUAAGAUAUGAUGUUUUAGCAUUUUGGCAUCUUUCCAUUAGGUAUUUAUUAUUAUUGAGUUUACCAACCUUUUACUGUGAAUGGGUUCUCACCUUAUGGACAAGCUACAAAGCCAAAAAUCACUACUGUUGAAAAAAAUAGAUUUUGUUGACUGCCUCUCUUUAAAGCAGGAGUUUGAUAUUUUCGGAAAUGUGCUUAUUUGCUUUCUUGCAGAGAGUUACAUGAGAAGAUCAAUACCAAUCCAUGUCUCUGUGGUAAAUGUGUAGCUAAGCUAACUUUAGCUGUUAGCUGGAGGCAGCAGCCGGUUAGCUUAGCUUAGCAACCGGCUAAGACAUUCUGGAAACAGCUAGUCUGGCUCUGUUCUAAGCUAACAAACAUCUCACUAAUUAAUGUUAUAUUUUGUUUGUUUAAUCUGUACAAAACCUAAGUGGAAAAACGACAAUUUGCCAUUUUAUGGGAGGUUAUGUGACUGAAUAUGCUAUUUCUUUGCUGGGAGGUUGCCAGGCAACCAGCAGAGACUCCAAGAAUAGUCCGGUACAUGACCCCCUGAGCAACUUGUGGUUUUUCCACUGAGGUUUUUCUGUGGAAAAUCCUGUUAAUUAGUGAGCUUUUUAGCUGGAUUUUUAGCCAGGCUAGCUGUUUCCCCCUGUUUCUAGUCUUUGUGCUAAACUAAGCUAUCCGGCUGUGACUGGACCAAUUACAUUUCUUGCAUAGACCUAAGUAGUAUCACUCUUCUAAUCUAUCUUAACUCGACAAGAAAGCAGAUAACCUAGGGGUAUUUCCCAAAAUUUCACUCUCUUCUUUUAAAUUUACAGAUUUGGGCUCCAGUGAGGUCAGGGCCUGCAACCUGUAAUCAAUCUAUAAUGUGCCACUUGUAAAAUAUAUGAACUGUAAAACAUGACAUCUCAAACAUGUUCUACAGUUAGCUGUCUGCCUACUAAUAGGUGAUGCCUGGAUUAUCUUUAUUCAGGUGUAAUUUAUCUCAAAUUUAAAGUCAAAUGAGUCACAUAAUGAAAAACACUAUUAUCAUGCGGAUCAGAGAAGCCUGGGCAAACUUUUCCCUGACACUCACUGCUGUAUCUUGUCUCACUGCUAAACCAUGCAAUGAACGCUAGUUUACAGCGUAAAUUGUUUCCUCCGAUGGCGACUUCCAUAUGUACAGAUUUGUUGAGCCAUUGUAAAGCACAAAGAGAACACUGAACUUUUCUUUGUAAGAUGCUUUCAUAUGUAGUUUGACAUAACAUUUGCUCAAUGAUGUUUCUGUUAGUUUGUGCUUCUAAACCAACUCCAUGAGUGUGUUUAAUGAAACUGACAUCAGUUGGCAAAAUAACUUGUCCAGGUAUGGCUUUUUGUCAGUUGUCAUAUGGAGGGUAUGACACUGUAAUAUAAAGUGAGUGAAAAGUUUUUAUUUCUAUUAACAUAAAAUUUAACUUUGGAAUGUAAA